CCGGCGAAGUUGACGACCGAGCUAUGGAGGGACGUUGUCGCCUUACGGAAGUGGAACGUCAUGCAUUUGGGCAUCCUCAAUUUGUACGGCAAGCCCUUCACGGUCCUCGGCUAUGCUGCCAACGCGGAAAAUGUUCUGAAGAAACUACACAAGCUUGCGGCGGGAACAAAGGCAAGGAUUAUUUUGGGAGUAGGCUUCUUUGACUACCACGAGGACAAGUCCUGGUCGACAUUAGAGGAUGUGGUGUACACGGCGAAUCCGAGGGACAUCCUGGUCAUCAUCACCUGUGUCUUGACCGUGCCCAGUACGCAGGACUGCAUCGCAAUGCCACCCACGGCCUUGAGGAGCACCAGCAAAUAUCCUGUCACAUUCGAAAAAGCUUUGCCGCUGGCCACCAACAAAUUCCCGAUUUCGAGCAACGUUGUUGUGGCGUUCUCGUUCCAAAUCUCCAUCCUCAUCUACAACAUGACGAACAAAUACGUCAAUGCGACCGAUGCCCUCUACCAGAAGUGCAACAGCUUUAUCCUCGGGGACCAACAGCAAACGUGCGAAAGUGCCGAAACCACGCCGAAGAACGAACUCACACCAAUCGGAAUCACCAAUACUCAAAACAGAACGCUGUUUUACUCAUACGACAUUGAGGACACGCUGAAGGAGAAGGUCGAGUACGUCAUGGCGGCGAAAGACAGGCGGGCCAACUUCUCUUGGUUCAUGUUCAACGUGCACCUGACGGACAUCUCGAAGAAGUGCUACUUCUACGGAUCAUUCGUGCGUCUCAAGGAAAUGAGAAAGUUACACGAUACUCUCAGCAAGCAACCUCCACCAUGAGACCCAGCGCUCCCCGUCGUCGACCUCUCAGCGAUCACAAGAGCGCCGUAUCGCUGUGGGUUGCUCCACCCGGUGUGCUUUGUGGGGUGUGCCCGGUUCUGGGCAGUAUUUUACCAGCAGAAUUUAGCAAUAUUGCGUGAAUUGUUUUGCUUUCUUCCAAGAACACCUGGUGUUACAGUUUCGCGGUGUUGGUUUUCGGCGCAUAGUUGUCAUGCAUCAUCUUGUGCAUGUAUGUCUUGUCGCUAAAAGUUUUUG